CACUACGUCCGGGGUCGCUUCUCCCGCGGCGGACUGCGCGAGGAAGAGCGCUCCGAAAAGUUCUAGACGGCAGGAGGCGGCGUCCCCACCAGUCCCCUCCUCGCGGCGCUCCAGGAAAAGGAACUUGAUACACUGGCAGGCUCGAGCUGUUCGCUGAACGUGACAGCGGAUAGUGCCACCGGCCCCGGAGUGGGGAGCCGCGAGGAGGAGCUGCGGGCCAGGCUGCAGGUGGAGGGCACCGGGCAGCGGCCAGGGACCCCGAUGCCGGCGGCUAACAUGAUGGAGAACCUGCAGCUGCCCGCCCUGCAAGUACCCGAGCCGCAGGGCGCGCCCGAGGGCAGCGCGGUGUGGUCCAGCUCGUCCACCCCCACGCUCCGCCGCCGGCGCUUUAAAAUGCGCCGGAUGAAGAAUGUGCAAGAGCAGAGCCUGGAGGCCGGGCUGGUAGCCCCGGACCUACCCGGCGUUCUAGCCCCGGGCAAGGAGUUCCUGCAGCUGCCGUCCAUUGAGAUUACGCCCUCCAGCGACGAGGAUACCCCGUGGUCCAACUGCUCCACACCCAGCGCGUCCCCGCGCCGAAAGCGCUUCCUGCUCCGCAAGUGGCUGAGGGUGAGGGAGCGGAAGGAGUGCAGUGAGAGCAGCAGCCAGCAGAGCAGCCAGCAGAGCAGCCACGAUGAUGAUUCUAGCAGGUUCCUGAGUCCUCGAGUGCGCCAAGAAAGCACUGCCAGUAACUCCAACCGCAGCACGCCGGCCUGCUCCCCCAUCCUCCGGAAGCGAUCCCGCUCGCCAACACCACAGAACCAGGACGGAGACACCAUGGUGGAGAAGGGCUCAGACCACUCUUCAGACAAAUCCCCAUCCACCCCGGAGCAGGGUGUGCAACGCAGUUGCUCUUCACAAUCUGGUCGGAGUGGUGGUAAAAAUUCCAAGAAAAGCCAGAGUUGGUACAAUGUGCUAAGCCCCACUUACAAGCAGAGAAAUGAAGACUUCAGAAAGCUCUUUAAGCAACUUCCAGACACGGAGCGCCUCAUUGUUGAUUACUCAUGUGCACUCCAAAGAGACAUUCUUCUUCAGGGCCGACUCUACCUCUCAGAAAACUGGAUCUGCUUCUACAGCAACAUCUUCCGAUGGGAAACUCUGCUGACAGUCCGCUUGAAAGAUAUCUGCUCCAUGACUAAAGAGAAAACAGCUCGCCUCAUUCCCAAUGCCAUACAAGUCUGUACUGAUUCAGAAAAGCACUUUUUUACUUCAUUCGGGGCCCGGGAUAGGACAUACAUGAUGAUGUUCCGACUCUGGCAGAAUGCUCUCCUUGAAAAGCCCCUGUGCCCCAAGGAGCUCUGGCACUUUGUCCACCAAUGCUAUGGGAACGAGCUGGGUCUAACCAGUGAUGAUGAGGAUUAUGUGCCUCCAGACGAUGACUUCAAUACAAUGGGCUACUGUGAAGAGAUCCCUGUAGAAGAGAAUGAAGUGAAUGACAGCUCAUCCAAAAGCAGCAUAGAGACCAAGCCUGAUGCCAGUCCCCAGCUGCCCAAGAAGUCCAUCACCAACAGUACACUCACCUCUACAGGAAGCAGUGAAGCACCUGUCUCGUUUGAUGGCUUGCCGCUGGAGGAAGAGGUGAUGGAGGGUGAUGGGUCCCUGGAGAAGGAGCUUGCCAUUGACAACAUCAUAGGAGAGAAGAUUGAGAUCAUUGCGCCAGUGACCUCCCCUUCACUGGACUUCAAUGACAAUGAGGAUAUCCCCACCGAGCUCAGUGAUUCCUCAGAUACCCAUGAUGAAGGAGAGGUCCAGGCCUUCUAUGAGGACCUGAGUGGAAGACAGUAUGUGAACGAGGUCUUCAACUUCAGCGUGGACAAACUGUAUGACCUGCUGUUCACCAACUCACCCUUCCUCCGGGACUUCAUGGAGCAACGGCGCUUCUCUGAUAUCAUCUUCCACCCAUGGAAAAAGGAGGAGAAUGGAAACCAGAGCCGUGUGAUCCUCUACACCAUUACCCUUACCAACCCCCUGGCUCCCAAAACCGCCACUGUCAGGGAGACGCAGACCAUGUACAAAGCGAGUCAGGAGAGUGAAUGCUACGUGAUAGAUGCUGAAGUCCUUACCCACGAUGUGCCAUACCAUGAUUACUUCUACACCAUCAAUCGCUACACGCUCACCCGCGUGGCCCGGAACAAGUGUCGACUCAGGGUCUCCACAGAGCUCCGCUAUCGAAAACAGCCCUGGGGGUUUGUAAAAACUUUCAUUGAGAAGAACUUCUGGAGUGGAUUGGAGGACUACUUCCGCCAUUUAGAGUCCGAGCUAACCAAAACGGAGAGUACCUACCUGGCUGAGAUGCAUAGACAGUCACCCAAGGAAAAGGCCAAUAAGUCUUCAGCAGUUCGGAGGAGGAAGCGUCCCCAUGCCCACCUGAGGGUACCUCACCUGGAAGAGGUGAUGAGCCCUGUCACCACACCCACUGAUGAAGAUGUGGGCCACAGGAUCAAGCACGUGGCAGGUUCCACGCAGACGCGGCAUAUUCCCGAGGACACUCCCAACGGUUUUCACCUACAGAGUGUGUCCAAGCUGCUGCUGGUUAUCAGCUGUGUUCUGGUGCUGCUGGUCAUCCUUAACAUGAUGCUCUUCUACAAGCUAUGGAUGCUGGAAUACACCACACAGACCCUGACGGCCUGGCAGGGCCUCAGGCUCCAGGAAAGGUUACCCCAAUCUCAGACAGAAUGGGCUCAGCUGUUAGAAUCCCAACAAAAGUACCAUGAUACCGAGCUCCAGAAAUGGAGGGAGAUCAUCAAAUCCUCAGUGAUGCUCCUUGACCAGAUGAAGGACUCACUCAUCAACCUUCAGAAUGGCAUCAGGUCCCGAGACUACACGACUGAAAGCGAGGAGAAGAGGAACCGCUAUCAUUGACAAGGCAGGACCAGGGGUGGCUGCCAGAGGCCUGUGCAAUACAUGAGAAGAGGCCACAGCUUCCUGUCUUAGAAUGAGAAAGAGAGACUAAGCCUGGAGAAAGCCAACAAGGAGAACCAGGCAGAUUCCCUGGGGCCCCAGGAGUGGGACAAACAAACAUCUGUCAUGUGUACCUGUGAGUGACACAAGGG